GCAUCCAUCCCCAUGAACCUCGCGUCAUGACUGGGGAAUCUGCCAGGAAUCUCUAGUCCACUGCUCUCGUUGGUGUGACUUAGUGACAUCCAUGGCAGAGGAUCUGUUCCUACAUGUCGCUUCUUCGACGCCAUUUGCCUGUUUACACGGCUUCCGCGAACGCCAUGCCGCUAUUGCAUCCGUACCCUCGUCGGUCGCAGCCAAACAGACAGCGCACGUGUGGCUCUUGGUCUGAACAUGCAUCAAGAUAGCCUCGUGUGCCUGGCUGUCGGGUCGCGUCAUCGCGGGAUCAUCCCGGUCCUGACGGGCAUGUAUAUAGGCUGUUGACAUUCUUCAGGAAGCAUCUGCUCAGGCACGCGACAGUCAACCACCCUUCGCAAUGCUGUUUGUCGCUUCACUCAGCAUUCUGGCGCUUUCGGCCAACCAAGUCUUUGCAGGUCCCGUUAUCACCCGCGAGGAUAAUGCUGCCGCUGCCAAUGUCACCACCUGCAAUGGCAAACUUUACACCUAUGAGGAGCUAGCGGGCUACGGGAAACUGGUCAGCGACGCCCGUGAUAAGUUCGGCGACACCAUUGGUGGUAUUGGAAGUGCCAUUGCAUUCGAGAAGAAGUCUUGGAAGUACAAGAAAGGCUCCUACCAGGGUGUCGUUUGGGGUCUGCCCGAUCGUGGCUGGAAUACUCAGGGUACUCAGAACACUCAGACCCGCAUCCACAAGUUCAGCGUUGUCUUCACACCUGUUGAAGCAACUCUAGAGACACCGGCCAGCCCGAACUUCCAGUUCUCUUACGUCGACACUCUGCUUCUCACUGGACCUGAUGGUACGCCCUUGACUGGCCUGGAUCCUACAGAAACCAUCACGUACCCUGGCUUUCCAACUCUUCCUUUAGCUACAUACACGGGCAACGGCUUUGGCCAGAAUGGAACUGGUGGUGCUCGUGUUCCUCUCGACACUGAAGGCCUGGUACUCGGAGAUGAUAAGACCUUCUGGAUCAGUGACGAGUACGCCGCGUACGUCUACCAGUUUGACAAGAAAGGCAAGAUGAUCAAGGCUGUUCGCACCCCCGAGGCUCUUGUUCCCCGCCGAAACGGAACUGAAAGCUUCAAUGCGGCUUCUCCACCCAUUUACGACCCUGAUCUAGAGAUCACACCCGAGGAUCCUGACAGUGGCAGAGGCAACAACCAGGGCCUGGAAGCUCUGACCGCCAGCCCAGAUGGCAAAUACCUUUACACCAUGCUCCAGAGUGCUACCAUCCAGGACGGUGGCAGCUCUGCGAAAAAGCGUCGCAACACUCGCCUCCUCAAGUACCGUGUCAAAGAGGACAAGACCACGCUAGAGGCUGAAUAUGCUGUCCAGCUUCCUGUUCUGCCAACAGGGCGCGUCGCCAGUCAGUCCGAGAUGCACUACAUCUCCGAAACCCAAUUCCUCGUCCUAGCGCGCGACUCCAACGCUGGUCAUGGAGCAGAAAGCACACUGUCCAUCUACCGCAACGCGGACGUAAUCGACAUCUCCAGAGCCACGAAUGUCGCAGGUACGGCGGCCGAUGGCAUCAAGGGACAAAUCGCAAGCAAAGAUGGUGUCUUGAAGAGCAGCAUCGUACCGGCUACCUACUGCCCGUGGUUGUCCUUCAACAACAACGACCAGCUCGGCAGAUUUGGUCUUCACAAUGGCGGCGAACAAGACGCGAGUCUACUGAACGAGAAGUGGGAGAGCUUUGCGAUGUUGCCCGUUGAUAAGGACGACAAGAUUGGCAGGAGCGAGAGGCAAGAUGAGGAUGAAGGAAAGCAGUACUACCUGAUCUCUUUCUCAGACAACGACUUCAUCACUCAGAACGGAUACAUCAACUUCGGUCAGAACAAGUACGUGGAUGCGUCUGGAUACAACCUUGACAAUCAGGUUUUGGUUUUCAAGGUCAAGCUUCCAAAGGGAGCGAACCCCUUGUAGAUUGUCAUAGAUGGUUUCUAUCGUCGCCGAAGCCAGUAUGCGUGAUGUACAAUCUAUUCAUUUUAGAUCAAAUGAUUUUGUGGAAUUUUUACCAGUGUCGCAUGCCAUUCGUAUUUCCGCAGUAUCCGUUGACAUCAUAGUGUACGGUCGAAGUAGAAGUAUGCGUUGUCCUUUAUAUUAUUAAUUCACUCAAAGAUGAUACGAUGUAGGCGUCAUGCAG